UACAACAGACAACUUUUAUAUAAACUGCAGUUUCACAUUAACCGAAAAAUUGGUGGUAAAUACUACAGAAGAACAUAUUAACUUUGUUCUAAAAAGUAUAACAAUUUACUUAAUUCAACUUCUACAAUCAGCUGUAUGUCUUUACCAACAAUUCAUCCUCGGGCUUUCUAUGGCUUGAAAAAUGACAUCAAGGGCAAUGCCUCGUAUAUUUCAGAAAAUGAAAUUUUAUAUCCAGCAGGUGGGAUGUUGAUACUUCAAAAUUACACGCAAAAACUCCAGCGCUACAUAAAAAUUCCAGAAAAACAGAAACCUAUCAGUAUCAUCUGUGUGAGUCCAUCAAGAAAGGUGGCAGCAGUGGCAGAGAGAGGAGAGAGACCUUGUAUAUAUAUUUAUGAACUUAGCACGCUGAAAAAGAAAAAAGUUCUGGGCCAGGCGAAUGACACGGCAGCACAGGAGUAUGUAUCGCUGUCAUUCUCAUUCGAUGGGAAGUUCCUGGCAGCCAUUUUGGGUGACCCUGACUGGACCAUGGUGUACUUUCAGUGGGAGAAAGGCAAAAUAGACAGCACAGUCAAGGCCAAUAAUCUGGGACAAGCAACUCAGGUGGCCUGCAACCCAACAGACAACUCUGUCCUUGUCAUCAUUGGGCCACAGCUCUUUCAACUGCUUUCUGCAUCAGAAAAGACCUGGCGCCAGUAUGGCUGGUCAAAGGCUGAUUCACUUAACAUCACAAGCGUGGCAUGGCUGUCAUUUGAUCGCGUCAUAGGGGGCACAAGUGAUGGAAACCUGCUGCUUGUGGACAGUGGAAAGCUGAAAGCUGUCUACAAAGCAAUGAACCUGACAACCAUAAACAUGAAGCUGCAGGAGCCUGGAAAAGGACCGGGCUCUACAGUCUCAGUAUCAGCCACGAACCUUGUGCAGUCCACAAACCAGGUGCCUCACCCUCAGAUGGCAGUACGUGAACUCAUCAACUUUAGAAAAGGGUUUGCAUUUGCCUGUGGUUCUGGAAUGGUGCACCUAUUUGAAAAGGAGACAAAUGACAAGUACACGAAGAGGAAUAUGUUCCUCAUCCCAGAACCGCAGUCCCAAGCCGCAGAUAUGGGGGACCUCAAUAUAGUGAAAAGCCUGAGCAUCAGCCCACAAGAGGACCGGCUGCUGGCCACCACCACGUGGUCGCAGAUGUUCUCCGCGUGGCUCUGGGACCCCGACAUGAAGCAGGGUCAUGAAAUCCCAUUUAAGAUGGUGGGUGAACAGCUACACCAUGGGCCUGUGGUGGGUCUGUCCAUGUGUGCAUGGAAACCUCUGUUCAUGACAUGUGGACAGCUUGACCGGACAGUCAGGGUGUGGAAUUAUGAGACAGAGACGCAGGAGCUCGUAAAACAGUACCAGGACGAGAUAUUCUCAGUGGCCAUCCACCCCACAGGUCUUUACACACUGAUUGGCUUCUCUGACAAGCUGCGGUUCAUGGUCCUCACACUAGAUGAUAUUCACCCGUGCCGUGAGUUCCCCAUCCACGGAUGCAGCGAGUGCUGCUUCAGCAACAACGGACACUUGUUUGCCGCAGUCAAUGGAAACGUCAUCCAUGUGUAUUCAUCUGUGUCAUUUGAGAAACUGUACAACCUGAAGGGACACAAUGGAAAGGUUAAGUCACUGGUUUGGACUCACAGGGACUUGAAGCUUGUGUCCUGCGGAGUGGAGGGAGCCAUAUAUGAAUGGGACGUACCAUCCGGCACAAGGGUUGGUGAAAUCAUCACAAAGCAGCGCACAUUCAACAGUAUCACAGUAACUACUGAUGGCAAAACCUCAUUUGGCACUGACAGUGAUGGAUGCAUAACGGAAGUUAGUGAAUCAACGAUAGUGCAAGCCGUCACUGUACCAGGACAUCAGCUGGACUACAUUGUGCUGUCCCAUUCAAACCAAAUGAUGUUCGUCACCACUCAGAACGGUAGUGUGCUGUCUGUCCAAUAUCCCCUGCAGGAUCCAGUCCAGUAUAUGGAAUAUAACAUACACAACCAACCUGUCACAAGGAUGUGCUUGUCAUAUGAUGACCAGACCCUAAUCACCUGCUCGAUGGAUGGGUCCAUCUGCAUCUGGAAGCUGACUGACAUUGAGGGCAAGACAGUGACGAUGGACAGUGAGUUCAAGCCAUCGACAGAUAUCUUGAUUAGCAAGGCGGACCUCAUGGAGAAGAUUAAGAUGAUCAAGGAUCUGUCACUACGCAUGCAUGAGCUUGAGACAGAACAUGAGUACAACAUGCACAAGAGUGACAUGAGGCAUGCUCAGAUGACAAAGGAGGUGAACGAGAACUACUGCCAAGCCAUUGAGGAGCUGAAACGAAAGAAUGAGCAAAUGGAGUCAGACCACUCAACAGAAGUCAACAGCAUCAAUGAUGGUAUUUCCAGGAUGAAGACAGAACAUGAACAGGCAAUUCAAACCCUGGAGGCAAAUUUUACUGAGAAGCUGAUCGUGGAGUAUGACAAGUACGAGUCGCUGGAGGCAAGGAGGAACGAGAUGAGGGAGGAGUACGAGAGGAAGCUGACAGAAAUUUCGCACCAGAGGGAGGAUGAACUCAGAUCAACAGUACAGAUGUAUGAGACACAACUGCAGGAACGGAAUGCGCAGAUAGAAGAGCUGCACAUUCAGAAUGACCGCCAAAGACAAGAACAUGAGGCCAUUACGCAUCAGAUUGAGGACGAUGCAGAACACGAGAUCACGGAGCUCAAGACAGUCUACGAGAAGCAACUACAUGAGGAGAGAGAGACAAACCUGUGCCUGAGAGGGGAGAAAGGUGUCGAAAGAUAACCUAACCUGUGUUGCAGCUCCCAGAAGGAGAUUCAGGAAUUCAAGCAUCAAGUGUACACACUGCAGCAGGAGCAGAAACGCUUCCAGCAGACCAUCAUCCAGCUGCAGCGAGACAUCUCGUAUCUCAGGGAGGAGACAGACGACCGGGACAGGAUCAUUCAGGACAAGGAGAAACAAAUCUGUGACCUGAAACGAAAAAAUCAAGAACUGGAAAAGUUCAAGUUUGUCCUAAACUACAAGAUAACGGAGCUCAAGAACCAGAUCGAACCUAAGGACAUGGAAAUAAAGGAGAAGAAGAGGCAGAUGCAAGAUAUGGAGGCAGAGCUGGAAAACCUACAGAGAAUAAACACAAACCUGGAACUACAGUUGGCAGAACUGCGAGGGAAACUGAACGCAACACGCAAGGAACUCAAAUCUGAACACGACAAGAACCGAGAAGCAGCCGCUCUCUUGACGCGUAUCAGGUUCGACAUCCACAGCGCAUCAAGUCUACUUCAGGAGCCGAAGAAACUUAAGGACAGUGUUAAGCGCAUGUACCAGAAGUACAGCCAAGACUCAGACUUCAUUAGGAGUGAAGAGCAGAACAUGAACGUCCAGACAGAGUUCAUGAGGCAGAGGGAGCACCUGGAGCGCACAGUGGUGUCCAUCAAGCGGCAGGUGCACAAGGACACAUCAGCCAAGCAAGACCAAGUUUCCAAGAUAAUAAACGAGAACACAACGCUAAUCACGGAGCUCAACAACUUGCGUCGGCAACUGAAGGAUGCACACAGGCAAAUCAGUGACAUGGAAUCCAUCUUGGGGAUAAGCAGCAAAUACAUGAGCCCAAAGGAAGCCCAGGCACGACUCAAGAUGGCAGUGCAGAGCCAUGAGGAAAUCCACAAUGAUUACAAGAGCAAGCUUGAGGAAAGUGAACGCAUGAACGAGAUGCUAAGGGAAGAGGCGGCUCGACUGACGGAGAAGCUGGCGAACGAAAAGCAGGGCGAGAACACCCGGAAGACGGGCGACUUCUCGGCAUAAAUAUUGUUUAUUAAA